CUGCUGCGAACCUGCAGGUGCGGACUUGCGGCUGCGGCGCCCCACUGCAGCACUGCUGUACUGUACUGGCCGCAGCGUUCGCCGUCCUCCGCCACAGAAAAUUCACGCACGAUUCCGAGCAGCCGCCCUCCGCCACAAUUUCGCCAUGGGCGCGCCCUAGCCCCGCCCUUCUUAUCCCCGCUCUUCCCCGCCUAUGGCUGCCGCUGCUACAGCUGACGCCUCCGCGCAGCCCCUCCCAUGGCUCUGCUUGCGCUACGGUUCGGGCCGCUUCUCCCUGCCCCGCCCCACCACCGUCGGGUCCUGCGGAACCGAUGCCGAGUCCGGAUCGUCGCCUCCAAUGCCCCCACCCCCGUGAGGGACGGGGGCGCUGCCGCGGUGGUGUGGUUUAAGCAUGAUCUCCGCAUCGACGACCACCCGGGCCUCGCCGCCGCCGUCUCGGAGCCGCGGCGCCCCGUCGUGCCGCUUUACGUCUUCGACCGACGCAUCCUCGCCGGCUAUUCAGAUAAAAUGCUGGAACUGCUGCUAUUUGCUCUGAAAGAUCUUAAGAUGACGUUGAAAUCUCAAGAUUCUGAUUUGCUCAUAGGCCUGGGAAACGCUGAAGAUGUUGUGCUGAAGCUUGUGAAUGAGGUCACUAUGCAAGGUACAAGCAGGUCUCGUUUUUACAGAAGAAGAAGUUGAAUAUAGAGUGCGUGAUGUUCUUGCCAAUGUUGAAUCAUCUUUAUCUAAUGGGUCAUUCUCAUGGGGAAGCCCUCCCAAGAUAGUGGCUUGGAGUGCCCCAUUGUAUGACUAUAAGAAUCUGGGAGCAGUACCGACAUCACAUGACGAUUUUUUAAAGAAAAAAUUACCAUUGGCCACACCUCUUGCUGCGGCGACCUUGCCUGCUCUAAAUUUGGAGUUAGACACAGGUUCUCUACCCACUCUGGAAGAAUUAAAAUGUUUCCUGAAAGAAAUAACACCAGAGGACAAUUGGGCUCCUCUCAAGAGAAUGCCCGCAAGAUCUAUCCUUAAAAGGACAAUCAGUCAAAGGAAGAUCAAAAGUAAUGCUACAUUAAGCACCAUCAAUGAAGAAAACAUAGAUGAUGCUGCCACCAUGGAUUCUGUUGCAUCAGGAAAGAGGAUUAUAAACUCGAAGUUUGCAUCAGAGAACUCACUGGAAGUUAGUGGUGGAACAGAAAUUACUUUGGAUGCUUUGGCUGCUUACCUAAAAUAUCUUGAAGGCACAGGAAAUGCUAGUUGGCAAGAGUUGCAUGAUAAAGUGCGUUUAGCUGAAACCAGAUAUGGUGCUUCAUUCUACAUCUUGUUUGGUCCUGCAAUUCAACUUGGAGUCAUAUCUAGGAGGAAAGCUUACACUGAGACUAUCCAAUAUGAAAAAGAUCGCAAUGCAGGUUUUCUAUCACCAUUUGGGUACUCAACACCUACAGUAACAUCAGCAGUAGAUGCUAUAUGUUCAAUGGAGUGGUAUUGGCUCUUGGCAUCAAAAUCCCAAGUAUGCAUCGAGGGGAAAUAUUCUAUAAGAAUUUGGAGAUGGAAGGGUUAUCUUGUACAGUACACCUUUCUUGGCAACGAAGGUCCACCUGUUCUUCUUGUGCAUGGUUUUGGAGCUUUCCUGGAGCAUUUUCGUGACAAUAUAGACAAGAUUGCUGCUACGGGCCACCGAGUUUGGGCAAUUACUCUUGUUGGCUUUGGGAAAUCAGAGAAACCAAAUGUCAACUAUUCAGAACUUUUCUGGUCUGAACUACUGAGGGAUUUUAUUGUUGAAAUUGUGAGGGAGCCUGUUCAUCUUCUUGGCAACUCUAUUGGAGGUUAUCUCUGUGCUAUUGCUGCUGGUUUAUGGCCUUCUCUUGCAAAGUCUCUGGUUCUUUUAAACUCAGCUGGUUCAGUUGUUCCAAAUUACUCCUUCAUCCCACUGAGUGAAGAAAGACGAACAUCAUGGAUUUCCAGGUUGCAGGCACAGCUCCUUUUGCUCUUCUUGAGGUCAAGGGCAGAAGGCAUUCUUAAAGAAUAUUAUCCUACAAGAACUGAACGGGUGGACAAGCCACUUCUGGACCAGAUUGUAAGAGCUUCAUAUGAUCCUGGUGCUGCAAAAGUCCUUGAGAGUGUAUUCAACUUCAAUCUUUCAAUUCCUCUUAACUUCUUAUUUGAUUCUUUUGGAGGGAAGAUAUUAGUUAUCCAGGGUAUGAAAGACCCCCUUACAAAAUCUGAGGCAUUUGUCACCAUGCUCCGAGAACAUUGCAGCAAGGUUCAAAUCAGAGAGUUAAAUGCAGGUCAUGCUCCACAUGAUGAAGUUCCAGAUGAAGUAAAUACCAUACUAUGUAAAUGGGUGGAGCAGAUUGAAGUUAAGCCAGCCCUGGAGAAGACCAAGGCAAUAUAGGUAACAUUUAGAAUUAUGGACACCCUAUCCAUUGGUUGAUUGUUUAACAUGAUCUUCAGGAGCACCUUGGUACAUUUUCAGUGACCUACCAAAACUUGUGUGAUUAAAGCAUUGUGAAUUGUUAGCCCUAUACAAAUUGUGAUUAAAGUAUUGUGAAUUGUUAGCUAUAUACAAAACUUGGUACAUUUUCUUUCAGCUGAUGUUGAGAUGAACAUACAUGAAACCAAAAGGACUUUUUUUUGGGGGUGGGGGGUGGGCUAGCAUUUGAGCAUGUUUCUGAGUAAGUUUGCAGAGCCGAGAUGCAUUCUAAGUUGCACAUAACAUGCCUGGUUCUGCUUCUUAGGGCUUGUUUAGAUAGAGGGACUAGAGCUGAUCCCUGUUUUAUGGGAUGAAAAGAUUGGGUCAGAUCCCUGCCAAUUCAGACAAGCCCUAAAUGUUGCUUUUGAUUAAAGGCUGAAUCUGACCGGAAAUAAACCUUGGACCCUCAACGACAUAUAAUCUAAAAUCACAAUAGUUGCGCUUGUGAUCCCAUUGUGCAAGUAAUGUUUAAUCAUGCUACUUCUAUACUUGCAUCCACUGUACUCCACUCCUGCUUGUUUUAUUGAGACAGCAGCGUCACACAAUUAUUUUUUAUCUCACGCCAACUGGUGCUUUAUCAUGUCAUUUAUGUAAUUAUGUGCAAUCAGCAAUUUCAUGAGAGAAGCCAAUUGUAAUCACCUUGUUGAACUAUUCUCCAGCAAGGUGAGCUGCUGGAACUUUUAGUGAAGGAUUUGAACUGGAUGUGUUAGUAUUCUUUUGUUAUAGUGCAGCCGUGACCCUCUAGAGCUUGAUCUGGGUUCUAAGUUUAAACGUAGGAUCAGAGCAGACCCGGACGCCUGGUUUCAAUAUCAGCACAUGCCAUCAUAGGCUCACGACGACGAAGAGGUAAGGCGGUUAUUUACGCCGAUAUUUUUUGAGCUGUCAGUCAUCACAGUCCCUAGUGCGGCUGUGUUAAUCAGAAGACACUGGAUUAUAUACGUAUAGAUUAUAUAAUAGAGAGACCAAGUUCGGUGUCGUAGUUUGUCAAAUGCUCCCCUUUCUGCUUGCGUAUUGUACCCCUUCUUUUCCGUACUGAACAAUUCGUGCUCGGUUGUUCAGUAUGGAACACACUUGUCGACACUGGAGCAGGGUUUCGUUUCAUCAUCCUGCGUUUGCAUUACAUCAGUUGUGCAGUUCCAGUUCCAUUUCCACGCCAAUCUACUAAUCGCUGGUGCUUCCAUCCUUUCGCGGUGCCAUACUGUCAUGAAACUGCAGCUGUCACUUUGGCCACCUUCCCCCAGCAAAAAGAACGCGAGCAUUACCUCUAGGGCCAGGCGGACAGCGACCACUCAGAGUGAAUAUCAAUCCCCUCAUGAGCAUGACCGCCACGCAUCACGCAUGCUGUCAUUGUUUUUUUCGCUUUGCUGACCAAAUAUUCAGUGCCUUAAUUCUUUCUUUUUUCUGUCCCAGAAACAAAUCAGCAGUGCUUCCACCAGUCAUGAGCCCUGGUGACCAUCCGAGAAAUCUUUGGGCGCGCAUCAGUGAGGCCAUAAAACAAAAGCGCUGAUUGGGAUCGCCCAACCAACGCACCUUAUCAGCUUUCCCCCUCUCUCUUGGUUUCACCAAAUCUGACGGUGACGCGCCCGGUGCAUGGCCUCCGGAAGAUGUCAAGUUGCAGGUGACCGUUCCAUCCCUCACAAGCUACUGACCUCCUCCCCCUCUUCCCUCUAAUGAUAUCGAUAGAUAGGCUAGGCUGGGCCCUGCCCUGAGGUCACUUGCACUUCGUCCACGGCCACUGCUUGAAUUGCUCGCCCUAGCUACAAGCCUCCACGGAAUUGUUUGUGAUCCAGCUGCUUUCGCUCGUGUCCAGUCGGUCCGGUCACUCGUGGAUGUUACAAGCUGCUGCUCAUGGGCCACCAGUUGCUGCACUCUUGCUGUCUGCUUUCAAGCCAAGUGCUCUCUCCAGUCUCCUCCCUUGUGCUGGAUUUCUUGGCGAGUUCUUACGCUAGUGCCUAGGCGUAGCGACGUGCGUUGCGCAGGUCGGGCGACAGAAUCGGGGCCGGGCUGUGAAACUUCUGGAGCUUUUCCGGUAGGACAGGAGUGUAGGACCUCUUUCGAACAAGCUACGUUUUAGAAUUUAAACACAAAAUAUAUGUUCCAUCCGUCCUAAAAAACUGGUCUGUAGUUUAUAACAAAAAUACUAUCAACAGGUAUGGUUAUAUAUAGGAAUAUGUGAAAGGUUAUUUUGAGGAAUUCAAUAACUCUUAUUUAAUAUCAUUAAUAUUUAUACAUUUUUAAUAGAAAAUGGUCAAAAUGAAGAUUGUUUGACCUAUCAUCGGAGUGAGAAGUAUACCAUUUUUAGGACGGAAAAGUAUACACUAAGAUUGUCUCUAGCGGUUUCUCUAAAGGGCCCCUUGUCCUAUAUCUGGAGAAAAUUCUUCUCCUCUAUACGCUCUAGCAGUGUCUUCUAGAUAUAGAUGAUGUUUCUCUAUCCUCUCUCUAUAUAGAUUCUCUCUUCUAUCUACUUAUUUUAUAGCAAAACUAAACUAUUUAUAAGAUAUUUGAGUGCAUGAUAAAUACAUACAUACAUAAAUCUAGAACAAAAUAUGUUUUUAAUAUUAUUUAACGUAAAGAGGACGGAAUAUGAAGGACGCUGGGGAGAAAUAAGACAUGAGGGAAUGUUUUUAGAGGAGACUGUAAAUGAGAUAUAUAGAUGAGGAAUAUAGAUGAUAUGGUUGGAGAUAGUACAAGACUGUAAAAUUGCUAUGAUUUUGACAUUGGAACUGUUAAUAUAUUAAACCAUUUCUAUGUGAAACUCUUAAAUUCCAAAUAGUCGCUACACGCUUUGUUUGAGUACGCAUACCUAUGGCUAUGUUGGCUUUGCAAAAAGAAACACAGGCAAGUAUGCAGGUCGAAUAUAUUAGUACUGUUACACAUUGUCAUGUCGUGUCUGAUUACGGCAACUUAUUCUAAGAGAGGUCAAAAGGAGUGUCGCUUGCGAAGUUGGUACACUAGAGACUGAUGUUGUUUCAUUGUUUGUCCUUUGAUGAUGGGGUCGAAGAAUGAUGCAGCCUAGCUUUGUUAUCUCUGUCACGGAAGCCAAAUUGUUAAUGCCCCAAAGCCUAGCAUACGCCCGCUGAAUGUUCAGCAGAUGAAAGUGGCGUUUGGUUAGAAAAUUGACUAGAGGUGUACAAUUAUUGGGUGCAUAUAGGUCAAGAUGCUUGCUAUAUUCCUCUUGUAUCUAAGGACAGUAUGUAAGGAAAAUGCAAUUUUACCACUAGCGCGUCGACGUCAAAAUAUAUAUAUGUUCGUGAGGUUUAAUUUUAUCUAUAUAUUCCACUGAUUAUUAGCAGGUGAUUUUUUAAUUCAGAGGGAAAAAAGAGACGUACACGCGGAAGCUUUUUACUCUAGUAGUUAGAGUUAGUUGUUAGUACUAUUGCAGUGUAGAGUAAUUUUUUUAAAAUUGAUCAUAGCGUGGCCAUGUACAAGAUUUUUUUUGGGUUUACUGUUGUGACGCAGCAUGCAUGCAUGCACGCAUUUUUCUUC